UGUGAGUGGGACGAUGAGACUGGAGAGGUUAAUGGAUUUCAUCAGUUCGGUUAUGAUGGAGAAGAUUUCAUAGCAUUUGAUCUAAAGACAAAGACAUGGAUCGCUCCAACACGACAGGCUGUCAUCACCAAACACAAGUGGGACAGAGAUGGACCUUACAAUGACUAUUGGAAGAACUACCAUGACCAGAUGUGUCCUGAGUGGCUGAAGAAGUAUGUGGACUAUGGGAGGAGCUCUCUGCUGAGAACAGUAACAAUAAAUACAAACCAACACCCAGAGACCGACUGUACUGAACUGCCGUUGUACAGGGAGGUGGUGUGGUCGUCUCUUCUGACCUGCUUCAUCACGACAGGUUGUGAUUGGUUUGUUGUGUUUUGCUCCACAGAGAAGUCCAGUCCCCUGAUCGCCAUCAUCAUCGCUGCAGUGGCGGUUCUCGCUCUCGUCAUCGGCGCCGUUGGAUUCUUCAUCUACAGAAAGAAGAGUGUGAAAUUCUUGCCACAAAGUAAGUUGAACUUGUUUUUACUGUGUUUUAAAAGUUAGACUUUGAGUGGAUGU